AAGUUAGUUGCAUACUUUUCUCUUCAAUCCUUUGUUCACAUUUUGCUGCUGUUUCUGCCUUUCUCAUUCAUAUUUUUAUGAAGGAAAAGUACAUUUCCUCUGACUUGGCUUAUUGAGUAAUCCUCACUCCCAAAGGAAGUUUGACCUGAAGGUAGAAGUUUAGUCUUUAGAUUCUGUUUGUGUUUAACAAUCUAUAUUGGCUCCUUCCAUGGGUCCCUUCCUUCUUUUCUUACUUGCCAAGGACAGAAUCGCUGUUCUCCUGCCUGCCAGCAGUUGAGUUCGUAGCCCUUUGUUCCAGAUAGGUUGUCUGUGUUUCUUCCACAAAAUGUGGUUACCAUAUUAAAAUGGAGGUAUUCUUUCAUGUGGAAAUUUUGAAGUUUUAUCUUUUCAGUCAAAAAGCAGAAUGUUAAAUGGGUGUUUCUUUUAAAAAGCCUGGUGAUGUGCUUGUAGGUGGUGGUUCCAGAUGUAGGUGACUAUGAAAUCUUUGAAACUCACCUGCUAGGGAAGCACUGAUGACCAAACCCUUAUCCUCUCUUUUGAGUAGAAUUACUACAUAAAUUCUCAUUUGUAAAUUCCCUUUCCAUUUAAAAAUUACUUAUUUUUAAAAAUUGUGCUAAAAUAGAGUAUAAAAUCUGCCGUUUUAACCAUGUGCAAGUUCACAGCUCUGUGGCUCCCAAGUUCAAGUCACUGUGGGGCAUGGCAAUGGUCACCUCCAGAACUGCCUUUGCCCUGCAGAGCAGAGACUCUGCCCCCAUUAAAUAGCACUGCCCAUUCCUCCCACCCCCAGCCACUGGUGCCACUGUCUACUUUCCAACUCUAUGAAAUGGACCCCACUGACACCUCCCGUGAGUGCAGCCCCAUGGUUUCUAUCCUGUUGGGACUGGCCCAUGUCACUCAGCAGGAUGCCCUCCAUGCUCAUCUGUGCAGUGGCAGAAUGUCCUUCCUUCUAAAGGCUGAAUGACCGUCCAUUGUCUGGAUAGACUGUGUUUAUCCAAGGGAGAGGUUAUAGAACUAAAUAUGGCAUGUUGGGAAAUGAAUUUCCAUUUUUCUACAAAUAAUAGAGCCCUCUGUAGUGACUAAGAGUUUUGCAUUUUGAUGACAUUCAUUUGUGUUUUUUCUUUUAUUAGAUUGGUAUUUUUACAGGUCCUUAUGUCUUCUUUUCAGUACCUAUACAUACAAAUAGAACUUCUUCAAAAAAGCCUUUUCUGAUUCCCUUGCACUAGCUGAAAGUAAUCCCUGUUGAAUUCACAAAAUAUUUAUCUGUAUCCCUCUAAAAACACAUACUUCUUUACUUGGUUUUGUAAGUACUUGUAAAGUUGUCUGAUUUUCUGUAUCAGGUUCUGCGUCCCUUAAUGGUGAGGUUUGCAUCUCCCAUGUUUUUACUCCUUGACAUCAGCGUCACCUUAUUCUGUGACGCUAACAGCAUUGACUUUGUUACUUCCAAACAAAGAGAGAAUUCUGUAUCCUAUGUUCUUCUGGGAAAUUCCACAAGUUUCGGUCAGUCCUCCCACUAAACUGAUAGCUGAUGUCACUAGGAAAACUAUGAUUAAUAACAUUUUGAAAUGCUUGCCCUUAAGGGACAAGAUAAAUAAGGAAUGGUUAAGAGAAAUAGAAGGGAAAAGAAAAACAAGGAAAAAGAAAUUUUCAGGAAGAAAGUGUUAAAUACCACCAAAGUGUUAAAUAACUGAAGUGUCAAAUACCGCUCAAUUGAGGGCGAAUGGAAACCGAAAAGAGGACUAGUCUGUUGGCUUUGGCAGGUUCAAAAGAGUGCAGCCAGGCUGCAAGGGGUUAUGGGUUGGGUAUUCAGUCGGGAAGGGGGGCCUGGGUCCAGGACACUCACACUGUGUGAAGCCCUAAUUUCUGCUCAAAGGGAAGGAAGAAAGGAGAGCCUGUUUCUAGAGAAUCCAGGAAUGGCAGAGGAAAACAGCUUUGUGAGCUAAGAGAGGAAAAUACCCUGUGGAGGCCCAUUGUGGUACAAAUGGCCCACUUAGAACUGGCCCCUACACCAUGGCCCCAAGCAAAGGUUAACCCUGAAAGACACUUCAUGAAUUUGUUGGGACAGUUACUUCAGGAUCUCUGAGCGUGCAGCAGGAUACUCGUGCAAACUGCCAUGUGGGUGACAGCCUGAGCCAGGAAGCCAGCUGCACGCCUGCAUGGAUCCCCAGCUCAGCUGCAACACGUGUCCCUGUCCUGUAGAACGGACAAGUGCCUCCAAUCUGUGUCUUCUCUGGGACUUAGCAUCCUGCAGGGCCUCCCAGAGAGCUCCUCCCUAUCACCAGCUGGGAAACACUGAGGUACAGAGGCCGAAGGCAUCUGCAGUUACGCUGUGGUAGCAUCUGGAAGUUUCCAGAACGAGAGUGGGCACAAGCAGGACAGGACUACGUGACAGCAGGAGGAGGUAUCACAGUCAAAGCAGUGGGCCUUUUGACACGUCUUUCCCACACAUGUGGUUCAUUUUUCAGAAACAUAAUGCACAAAUACUUUAUUCUUUUUACUUAGGUACCAUACAGGCCUUGAACCCAGGCUCAUCAGGAGUGGGAUUAGUGAAAAAUGUAAUGGUGACAUUUAUAGGCCAUAUUUAAUUUCCUUGCUUCUCUGGUUUUCCUGCUUUAUUAGAUUUUUAUCUUAGUAUUACAAUGUUGUCUGGGUUUCAUAUUGUACAUGUGACUUGUGUUUCUCACGUGGUCCCCAAGGCUAAGCAAUAUCCAGUGCAGGCAGCAGUCAUGAGGUAUCGAGGAGAGACCCUUGUGGAUGUACCCCCACGCAGUGCUCAGUGGGGUGACUCCAAGAAGUGUGAACAGUAUCUCAGGAGAGCUUCGCCUGUGAGACACGCGCUGCAGGAGGAGGGAGUUGGAGCCUCUAAACCUCUCUUAGGUUUGGAAGAAGCGUACGGCCAUCACUAAUGCCAUGAAGUUUCCAUGUGCAAUCCAUGCACACACAUGGAUUUCCUCCUAGGACAGGAAAAUCAAACCCCAGUGUGCUCAAGGGAAGAAAAGCAACGAUUGAAAGGGGUGUUCAGGUUGUGUGUGUGUGCAGACUUUUCAGAACACAAAACAAGAAGUCAUCUGGGGAAAUUGACCCACGGAGAGAAAACGAAGCACUUCCAGGCCCAGUGCCCUCUGCUGUUAAUGCGUUUGUAGGCUGAAGCCAAGAACAGAAAGUCUCAAGGGUGCUGUUGACAAAGGACUAGAUUGCUUCCACACUCGUUGCUUUCAUCCUGAGUUUGCAUUUGGCGGAGGAGGAAACAGAGUCCGGGGAGACUAUCAGCACUGGGCGUGUUCUGGAAACAGUGUGUACCUUUGAACAAGCCAAAUCAGCCUCCGUGAUUUAUAUGUUUUCAUUACAUUCAGAAUUGUGUUCCAAGGAUCGUCCAUCUUAUCUGGCAUAAUUUUUCCAGAGUGAGUUGUUAAAUUCAGAAUUUGCAGGCUUGUGAGUAAUACUCAGACUUGGGGGCCUAUGGAUCUUGGUGGUUUUGCAUCAUGAAAUGAACUGUUAGUGUGGAUUAGAUAUUCAGUGUAAAAUGUGAAUUUGGGGGUGCACACUCUUGUUGCAAGUGGACUUAGUCCUGAUGUGUUUUGUUUCUCUCGUGUUUGGAGCAAGAGACAAUAUCAUGGUGAUUGGGAGGCCCCUCUCUAGAGCCAGAUGGCUGGGGCUCCUAUUUGUGACUUUGUUAUUGAGCUGCAACUGACAUAGAGCAUUAUGUUAGCUUCGGGCACCCUACAUGGCAACUCAGUAUUUGUAUGUAUUGUGAAACGUUCACCACAGCAAGUCUGCAUUGUAUCUGCCAUCACACAGAGGUAGAGAAUUUUGUUUUCUUGUGAUGAGGCCUGUUACAAUCUUCUCUCUCAGGCCCUUUCACAUGUGUAGUCCGGUGUUGCCAACAGUAGUCAGCAUGCUGGCCCAGCUCCGUGACUCAGAGCACAGAUCUGCAGCGCAUCUCAAAAAGCUGUGAGAAUUAAGUGAGGUGACACCUGUGACACGUAGGAGCCACUGGUAAGUGCAACCGAUCAUUCUUCCUGCUCCUGAGACGACCUUGAGAAGAACAACACUGAAAAAUCCCUGGGCGAGUGUUCCCUUAAAGCAGAAUUAUGCUGUACUUUAAUUUCCGUGUUAAAAUUUCAUUUGAAGUCAAUACCCACAGAAAGCCAGAUCCGUGGUGUUGAGUGAUCAGAAUGGAAACACAAGCAAACUUGUCUUGAAGACAAACAGCAGCUUUUCUGAGUGACGUUUAGAGCCUCUAGUCUUAUUAAACCCGUGGUCUGACUUUAAAGAAAUAACCCAGACACAUAGAAGUAAGAAGCCAGAAACAGCCAUCAUAGCAGUCAAGUGAGCUAACAUUGUCAAGGAUUUGAAAGUAAUUGUCCACAAGUGAAAUUCUUCUUUUUUCUCUAAUAAAAAUUCAAGAAACCUGAAGUUGACAAGAUACAUUUUUGAAUUUUUUGAAGAAUUCCAUUCCAUCAACUUCUGUUCAGCACAGAGCCCAUUUCAAGAUCUUCAUGUGUCACUACAGUAAAACCCAGGAUCUUACAGAAGGGAGGGACACCUGGAAGAAAUGACUCCGACCUGGGGCAGGGUUGGUGACAGGGAAGGGAAACCGAGACCCCCCUGCUGAGGUUGGUUGGAGAGUGAAGGAAGGGGUAGGUACUCACAGGGCGCCUUCCAGAAGGUGCUGGUCCAGGUGCCAAUACAACACUAAAUGAAUUCAGAAAACAGGUAUCUUUCUCUCCUGGAACUGAGGCUGACAUGUUCAUUAUAGUUCCAGCUGGAAGGAAAGUGGCAUAUUUGUGGGAAGUUUUGGGUUUGGUUUGGUUAUUCUGAAGAUGGAUACAUGAGCCUCUUUGUGGGCUGAGUUCUCCGAGAACUGCCAGAGUACAAGGAUGGUGAAACAAGUUCCAGAAGAGGCUGCAGGAGGAUGGGUCCUGGGUUCCAGUAUGUUCUCUCCCCACGUGAGGGUGUAGAUUGGAGAUCUCUCCAGGAACAGACAUAGAUGUGAAAUGCUGUCUUAUCAUCUCACUGCAUCUUUGAUUGAUAAACUCAAGGACUAGGUCUGAACAAGGAGGAUUUAACACAUUGCUCUCUCAGGCAGCAAGCCUCUAUUGCUUCUAAGUGGCCUCCUGUGUGCUCCUCUCUGCUCUGCAGCUACGCAUCCCUGAUAGCUGACUGGCCCGUGGUGGUGCUGGGUAUGUGCACUGUGUUCAUCGUCGUCUGUGCCUUGGUUGGGGUGUUAGUGCCCGAGCUUCCUGACUUCUCUGAUCCACUGCUGGGUUUUGAGCCAAGAGGGACUGCGAUAGGCCAGAGAUUGGUCACGUGGAAUAACAUGGUGAAAAAUACAGGAUACAAAGCAACAUUAGCAAAUUAUCCUUUUAAAUAUGCAGAUGAACAAGCCAAAAGCCAUCGGGAUGAUAGAUGGUCAGAUGAUCACUAUGAAAGAGAGAAAAGAGAAGUUGACUGGAACUUCCACAAAGACAGCUUUUUCUGCGACAUUCCGAGUGACCGAUAUUCCAGAGUAGUAUUUACUUCAGCUGGAGGGGAGACACUAUGGAAUUUACCUGCCAUUAAAUCAAUGUGCAAUGUAGAUAAUUCAAGGAUUAGAUCCCACCCGCAGUUCGGUGACCUGUGCCAGAGGACCACGGCCGCAUCCUGCUGCCCCAGCUGGACACUGGGGAACUACAUCGCCAUCCUCAACAACAGGUCGUCCUGCCAGAAGAUCGUGGAGCGAGACGUGUCUCACACCCUGAAGCUGGUGCGCGCAUGUGCCAAGCAUUACCACAAUGGCACCCUGGAGCCCGACUGCUGGGACGCGGGCGCCAGGAGAAAGGGGCAGCUCAAGUGCACGGGUGUGCCUCGCAAAUGCACCAAGUACAACGCGGUCUACCAGAUCCUGCACUACCUGGUGGACAAGGACUUCCUAACCGCGCAGGCAGCUAGCCCCGCCGUGCCGGCUCUCAAGUACAGCAUGCUCUUUUCUCCCACAGAGAAGGGGGAGAGCAUGAUGGACAUCUACCUGGACAACUUCGAGCACUGGAAUGGCUCAGACGGUGUUACCACUGUGGCGGGCAUUGAGUUCGGCAUCAAACACAGUCUGUUCCAGGACUACCUGCUGACGGAUACCACCUACCCGGCCAUUGCGGUCCUGCUGGUCCUCCUGGUCAUGUGCGCCUACACCAGGUCCCUGUUCAUCACACUGAUGACCAUGUUCGCCGUCAUCAGCUCCCUCAUUGUCUCCUAUUUCCUCUACCGUGUGGUGUUCAACUUCGAGUUCUUCCCUUUCAUGAACCUCACCGCGCUUGUUAUUCUGGUUGGAAUUGGUGCAGACGAUGCAUUUGUCCUAUGUGACGUGUGGAGCUACACCAAGUUCGACCGGCCACACGCAGCGACUACGGAAACAGUGGGCAUCACUCUGCAGCACGCGGCACUGUCCAUGUUUGUCACCAGCUUCACCACAGCCGCCGCCUUCUACGCCAACUAUGUAAGCAACAUCACUGCCAUCCGCUGCUUCGGCGUGUACGCGGGGACUGCCAUCCUGGUGAACUAUGUGCUGAUGGUCACAUGGCUCCCAGCCGUCGUCGUCCUGCACGAGCGCUACCUCCUCAACAUGUUCGGCUGCUUCAAGAAGCCACCUCAGCAGGUCUUUGAGGGCAAGAGCUGCUGGACAGUGGCCCGCCGGACAUGCCACAGGGUGCUCUUAGCUAUUUCAGAAGCCUCGCGCAUUUUUUUUGAGAAGGUGUUGCCAUGCAUCGUCAUUAAGUUCCGCUACCUUUGGCUGCUGUGGUUCCUGGCCCUGACCGUGGGCGGGGCCUAUGUUGUGUGUGUGAACCCCAAGAUGAAGCUGCCAUCCCUGGAGCUGUCUGAGUUUCAGCUCUUCAGGCCCUCCCAUCCCUUUGAGCGCUACGAUGCCGAGUACAAGAAGCUCUUCAUGUUUGAGCGUGUCCACCGUGGGGAGGAGCUGCACAUGCCCAUCACUGUGGUCUGGGGCGUGUCCCCAGAAGACAACGGAGACCCUCUGAACCCCAAGAGUAAGGGGAAGCUGGUGCUGGAUGGCAGCUUUAACAUCGCAAGCCCAGCUUCCCAGGUCUGGAUACUGCACUUCUGUCAGAAGCUGAGAAACCAGACUUUCUUCUACCAGACGGAGGAGCAGGACUUCACCAGCUGCUUCAUCGAGACAUUCAAGCAGUGGAUGGAGAACCAGGACUGCGAUGAGCCUGCCCUGUACCUGUGCUGCCGGCGCUGGAGCUUCCCCUACAAACAGGAGAUCUUCGAGCUGUGCAUCAAGAGGGCCAUAAUGGAGCUGGAGAGAAGUACCGGCUACCAUCUGGACAGCAAGACCCCGGGGCCACGGUUCGAUGUCAACGAUACCAUCCGGGCGGUCGUGCUGGAGUUCCAGAGCACCUACCUCUUCACACUGGCCUAUGAGAAGAUGCACCAGUUCUACAAGGAGGUGGACGCGUGGAUCUCCCGGGAGCUCAGCUCGGCCCCUGAGGGCCUCAGCAAUGGCUGGUUCAUCAGCAACCUGGAGUUCUAUGACCUCCAGGACAGCCUCUCCGAUGGCACGCUCAUUGCAAUGGGGCUUUCCGUGGCUGUGGCCUUCAGCGUCAUGCUGCUCACCACCUGGAAUGUCAUCAUUAGCCUGUAUGCCAUCAUCUCCAUUGCCGGGACCAUAUUCGUCACUGUCGGCUCUCUUGUCCUGCUGGGCUGGGAGCUGAACGUCCUGGAGUCUGUCAUCAUCUCGGUGGCUGUUGGCCUAUCCGUUGAUUUUGCUGUCCACUACGGGGUCGCUUACCGCCUGGCCCCAGAUGCCGACCGGGAGGGGAAGGUGAUCUUCUCGCUGAGCCGCAUGGGCUCUGCCAUUGCUAUGGCUGCGCUGACCACCUUUGUGGCGGGGGCCAUGAUGAUGCCAUCCACAGUUCUGGCAUACACCCAGCUGGGCACCUUCAUGAUGCUCAUCAUGUGCAUCAGCUGGGCCUUUGCCACCUUCUUUUUCCAGUGCAUGUGCCGCUGCCUCGGGCCACAGGGCACCUGUGGGCAGAUUCCGCUGCCCAGGAAGCUGCAGUGCAGUGCAUUCUCUCACGCCCUGUCCGCGACCCCUGCUGACAAGGGACAGAGUAAAGCACGUGCCGUGAGUGAUUAUCACCUUGACCCCAGAGCCCAGAAAUCUGACAUGGAGCAGGAGUUUUACGAGUUAGAGCCCCUGGCAUCCCACAGCUGCUCCACGUCUGAUAAGGCAGCUUAUGAGGAGACCCACAUCUGCGCCGAGUAUUUCAGCAGCCAGGCCAAGAGUCUGGGGCUGCCUGUGCAAGCCGCUUACAGUCCGAGCUCCAAACAGGAAACCAGCCCUGUCUCCUUCCCGCCCGCUCUCGAGCAGCACACCCUGUGUCACUUCUUCUCUCUGAAUCAGCGGUGUCGUUGCCCAAACGCCUACAGACACUUGAGCCCCAGCCCGCAUGCUUGUGCACAGGCAGGCGAUGGCCUGUGCGCCCGAUGUGCUGCUGCUAGCAGCUUUGUGCACGUGCAGAAAGCCCCCGAAGGCUUUGUAUGCACUGUCCCACACAUCCGCCACUGCCCCUGCCUGCAGGGCAGAGCCCGACAGCUGGGAGUGCAGACCCCCCUGCCCACAGGCCUCUUUAUCCACCCGGCGCAGCACGUGCAGGUCCAGGAGAAAGUCGGCAAGACCAAUGUCCAUGGUGUCCAGGGCACAGAGGAGCCCAGUCCACAGACCCCAGAGCCUCCAUCCUGUGUCCACAGAAGCCCCGGGUCUUUACAAAAACCCAGCUGUGAUCCCGAGAACAGCCAAAGGGGACUCUCCAGAGACAGAGACCUCAGGAACAUGGAGGGCAGCAGAGGGGCCACGAACAAGGGCUUGGGUCCGGGGGGUCCAGCAGAUGAGGCAGAAAGGAAAGCUGACCCAUGCCUGUCACAGGACUCCAAAUAUUUAAAUCAGAAUGAACCAAAACCCGUGUUUAACCACUGCACAGGGGAUGCCCGGUGCUGCCCUAAUGACCCCCAGAGCUGUGGCCGAGGGGUCCGGGUGACGUGUGGGUGUGCAAGCCAUCAGAUGCUGGAGUGUGAAGCCAGUGUGCCCCCUGCACUGACACACUCAGAACUUUCUAGUGAAAGUUUGUUAAUAAAAACACUCUAAUAAAUACAGUGUUAAAUUCUAAA